GUGUGAAUACGCCCUCCUGGGGUGCCAUAUAUAAGCACCCAAAGCUUGCACCACAUAAAUAGUAAAGUGUGUCUCAGAUGCUCCUUCUUGAAAGAGUGCCAUAUUCUACCUCUGCUUACCUACAAUCAAUUUAAAAAGGAAGAAGAAGAAGAAGAAGAAGAAGAAGAAGAAGAAGAAGAAGAAGAGGAAGAAGAAGAAGAAGAAGAAGAAGAAGAAGAAGAAGAAGAAGAAGAAGAAGAAGAAGAAGAAGAAGAAGAAGAAGAAGAAGAAGAAAGCUGUAGCAAUAUGGGGCAUCAAGGACAAGUGCCAGGGGGGAAAAGAAGGUUAAUGGGAUUGACGGUACUGAUGCUUCUGCAGGUGUUGAUGGAUGCCAACCCAAGUUAUGCAAGCAGAAUAUGUGGAAAACAGGGAAUCCUAAGCCGGAUCAUAGGGGGAAAAGACUCGCAGGAUGGAGAAUGGCCUUGGCAGGUCAGCAUAAGGUUGGAUGGAGCGUACCACUGCGGAGGGUCCCUCAUCACUGAUCAGUGGGUCAUCACAGCUUCACAUUGUUUUAAACUGCUCAGCACACCUUCCAACUUCACAGUGAUGCUCGGAGUACUGAAACUCUCCAGUCCUGGUCCCCAUUCCAUCACCACUGCUGUGAAACGCAUCAUCCUCAAUCCUAAAUACGAGGGGGAUCUGAAAUCCGGAGACAUUGCUCUGCUGCAGCUGGACAGGCCAGUGAAUUUCUCUCAACGGAUCGUCCCCAUCUGUGUCCCUGAUUCCGAUGUCGUCUUCCCCCCAGGACACAUGUGCUGGGUCACGGGUUGGGGAGAUGUGCAAGGCAGAGAUAAACAGCAAACCUCUGAUAUACUCCAAAAGCUAGAGGUCCCCAUAAUCAGCACAAACACAUGCAAUGCCCUCUAUCACCAAGACUCCGGAGAGCUCAUACUCACGCGGGGCAUUAAAAAUGACAUGAUAUGUGCUGGCUUUGCUGCUGGACAUCGGGAUGCCUGCCAGGGUGAUUCAGGAGGACCACUAGCCUGCCGAAUGGGGGACUCCUGGCUCCUCGCAGGCGUGGUGAGCUGGGGAGAAGGAUGUGCACAGAAGAAUCGCCCUGGCGUUUAUGCCCGUGUCACAUCCUAUCAGUCGUGGAUCCACAGCCUGAUACCAGAGCUGACUUUCACCAGCGUGGAAACCAAGGGCCAUGGGUCAACGGUGAACAACAGAAGCACCAUCAAUGGAGCAUCAGCUGGAAGUCUUAGCUUCAUCUCCAUCAUCAUAGCCACUGUUGUUUUGCUACUAUCUUCUGAGUAGACUCUGGAAAAGGAGGGCAGCACCCUUUUAACUGGGGAGACCUUUGUGCCAAUCCUGCAGGCUUAGUUUGGAAGAGGAUGGAGAUCAUCAGAACUGCCAGUGAGGCCAUCAAGGAGACUUCUGGCUCUGCUGCUGUACAGUUUUAAGAAGUGACUGUCGGCUAAAGCAGUCUUUCUUGGCCUUUCUGAUACAGAAAUUUGUGGACAUUCAGAAAUUAAGGGGAUAUCCCACCCCAUUACCAUUUCUGAAAUUUAUUUCGCGUUUGUUCUUCAUGGACUCAGUCCUCCACUCUAGGAACAAGCUUUGCUGCAAGGGAUUGGAGCAGAAAGAUUAACACCUGGAUAUAUUUUUUCUCAGCCACUGAGCAUGCCCAGCGAUAGCACUCAAUUGGCAUCCUCAGCAGUAUCCAUGCUAAAACAUGUUGUGGCCCUGUUCGUCCUCCUUCAACCCAAGC